AUGGCACAAGAAAGUGAAGGUUUCUUCAAGACGUUCCACGAAAAGAUAAACAGCGCAAUAGACGAUGUGACACGAAAUAAUUUCGCCAAUUUAGAAUCGAAUUCCAAACGUGUCUCCUAUUUAUGCAGUUUGCCUCUUAUAAAAAAUUACGAUCUUUCCAGUGACGUUGCUAAAUACCCUAUUGGCGGAAAUUUCCCUGUUGAAAAGGAUUUGGAUGUAGCGCGUAAACUAAAAGAUGAAGGCAAUAAGGCUGUACAAAAGGGUGAUUGGGCUAGAUCUUUGCAGCUAUACAAUCAAAGUAUGCUCCAGAUGCCACAAAAAGAGACUGAAGAAUUAUCAAUUGUUUAUGCAAAUCGUUCUGCAGCUCUUAAUCACUUAGAACAAUACGAAGAUGCACUUGCUGACAUACGACGCUCUUUAUCGUUGGGCUAUCCACGGAAUUUAAGGUACAAAGUUUAUGAGAGAAGAGCUAGAUGCCUGCUCGUUUUGAAAAGAAAUCAAGAAGCCAUUUUAGCAUUUCAAGACACUAUAAGUGCACUAGACGAAGCUAAUAAUCUUAAUAAAGAUAAAAGACAAAAAAUGAGAACCGACGCUAAACUUAUGUUAGAAGUUCUGCACAAAGGAAUAGUCCUAGCGGGAAACCCAAAAGAUCCAGAACCAUUAAAAAAAGUUCUACCCAAGCCCAAACUCCCUGGAAAACAUAACUCGCAAUAUCCUGCUGCUUCAGAAGCUAUCCAGAUUGAUUGUGAUAAUAUCAGGGGUAGAUAUGCAACGGCUAGCAGGGACAUAACAGCUGGUGAAGUCUUACUUGUCGAAAAGCCCCACAGUGGGGUUUUAUUAGGCGAAUACUGUAAAACUCAUUGCCAUAAUUGUUUCAAAAAAUGCCCAAUACCUUUGCCCUGUCAAAAAUGUCCAAAUGUAAUUUUCUGCAGUGACAAAUGCUUAGAAAUUGCACAAAACUCAUAUCAUGGUUACGAAUGCCACAUAUUACCACUUUUAUGGAAGUCAGGUUGUUCCGUCACCUGCCACAUAGCUUUGAGGAUGAUAACUCAAAACAAUAAAGAGUACUUUACUUCAAUUGUUAAUGAUUUGGAUAAUAAAUUAACAGGCACAUACAAAACCGAUGACUAUAAAAAUAUAUAUCACUUGGUAUCACACGAAGAUAAAAGAACUAAGAAAGAUUUCUUACAUAGAACACAAAUGACGAUAUUUUUGGUAAAACUGUUGGAAUUAAGCGGUUAUUUUGACGGUAAACCUAGAGGAAAACCUGUGGAUAUAAAUGAAAUUAAAACGAUGGCAAUAAACGAAAAUCAUCUUGAAGAUGCUACGCUCUUCGGAAGUCUUAUUCUUAAAAAUCUCCAAGUGCUGCAAUUUAAUGCUCACGAAGUGUUUGAAUUACAAUGCCCGAAGCCAAGGGUUGGUCAGUAUGUAAUAAAACAUGAUGGGAAAUCAAUUUUUCUCGCAGGCGCUGUCUUUCCAACUUUGGCUUUAUUUAAUCACUCUUGUGAUCCUAGUAUUGUAAGAUAUUUUUGCGGUCCCUACGUUGUUGUACGAGCCGUAAAAAACAUAAAGAAAGGCGAAGAAGUGGCUGAAAACUACGGGCCAAUUUUCACUACUGUACCAAAACAAAAACGGCAAGAGGAACUGAAAGAUCAAUACUGGUUCGACUGCACUUGCUUGCCGUGCGAACAAAACUGGCCUACAUAUGAAGAGAUGACUGAAAAUUACAUGCGCUUCAAGUGUGAUUCCGACCAGCCCUGUCCAAACGUAGUGCCUGUCCCUUACGACUGUACCGAGUUCAUGAUACAAUGUGGCUUAUGCCAGCAGUACACCAAUAUAUUAAGAGGGUUGAAAUCAUUACAAGUAAGU